AUGGAUCUUGUUGCAGGCGUUCGCAAGGAAGGCAGCCGUGGCGGCCGCAGCGAGUUCAAAUGGUCCGACGUCAAGGAUUCGUCGCAUCGCGAAAACUACCUCGGCCACUCUUUGAUGGCGCCUGUUGGUCGCUGGCAACAGGGCCGUGAUCUACAAUGGUACGCAAAAGGCGAUCAGGACGACGAUGAACAAGCUCGGAGAGAUCGCGAGGAAUUACAACGCGUCAAGCAAGUCGAGCAGGAAGCAAUGGCACGAGCAUUGGGCCUACCCCCGCCACCAUCAAGUGCCGAUGGGAACGCCAACCUUACACCUCUAGGUGGGCUGAAUGAGCAGAAGGCGCUACAUGAUUCGGUCGACGAGGAUAUUGCGGGUAAUAAAGUGCCGGACAUGAAUCGCAGCGAAGCAGACGUCGCGGCGACUCUGACAGACAUAAAGCUGCUCGACCAGACUCGGGUUCGCGGGAUAGCAGAAGACGAAGGGGCGAACGGAGUCGGAGUCCGAGAAGGGACCGUGUACGAGAUCGUGCAAGUGACCGAGACCGAGACCGAGAGCGCAGGCAUCGUAGGGACCGCGAUGGGCGCGAACAUCGCCAUCGGAGUCACCGUCACAGCAGGUCCCGCUCCCGUGAUCGAGAACAGCCGCGAAGGCGAUCCCGCUCACGGCUAA